AUGAUGAAACCCAAUCGAUCACAUAUCUUGACUUUUGGUAUCAACUACGGCGUUGCGUCAUUCGGCAGCGCUAUCUGCGACCUUGCGCCGAAAAACAACCGUUUCGUCGAAACAUUCGUGAUGCUCUCGCCACUCGUUAUUUUCCUUUUGCAACAAUUUUUUGUCAUCCUUUUUCUUAGAAUAGGUUUCAGUGCCAAAAAAUUUUUUUUCUGAUGUUUCGCUGACAAGGAACGUCCUUUCACUUUGCGGUUAAGAAUUUCCUAAAAAUUAGUCAAAAUACUUCUUGACGUACCAAAAGGAAACUUCGAAAGUUUUAACCUGCACAACUUCUCGAUUUUUUUCAGAAAAAAACAACUCAAAGACAAAAAAAAUAAAAAAAUUCAGUUAAAAUAGGCCUUUUUGAGACUUUGAGCCCUUCUUUAUCGAAAACUGAAGAGUUUUGCAGAUUGGAACAUUUAGAUUCUUUUUCUGGUACAUCGAGGAUUCUGGCCGAAUUUCAGGAAACCUUCAGCCGCAAAGAAAAAUGAAGAAUCAUCUGAGCAUCUGUGGAAUAAUUGGAUUUCAUUGGGGAUUAUUUGUGAUAUUAAACCGUCUAGGCAUGAAAGGUUGGAAAAUUUUUUUGGGAAGAAGUCUCUGAAAGAAUCGUCAUAUAUGACAAGGAAUGUGAUUUUUGUGACAAAAAAAAACUAUUUGCUUCUGCCGGUGAAUUAAUUCUAAAAUAAAAUGUCCCGAACUACAUGAAAAAGCUCACUGAAAUAGAACCACUAUUAUAAAAAAAAAUGUUUCGCAAUGUAUAUUAUAUUUCAUUACUUCAAAAUAGAAAUAAAAUCUGGAACAGCAAAAAUAAGAUUUAGGAAAAUGAGCUCUGAAAUGAUUAGUUUUUCUUGCAAUGAUUAUCGAUUAUCAAUUUUUAACUGUCUCACAUUUAAAAAUUAGCCGGCGCAAAAAAACAGUUUGGUUUAAAAUGUAAAUUUAAUUGAAAUUUUUUUAAUUCUUUUUCAUUCUGCUACCUUGAAAAAACUCUCGAAAGCAUCAAAAGUCUAGUAAAGAGAUGACUAUUUUCAAUUGUAUCACACAAAAAUGGAAACCAAAAAACGUUUCAGUUUCUUAAAAUAAUAGGUCCGAUUAUGUAUCAAAUCAAUUUUUAACAAUUUUGGGGGAUACUGUAAUCAAAGUGUGCACGCACGCACACGCAAUUAUGCUCAACAAGCAGCAAUUUCUGUCUUUCUCAUUUCUCGUUUUCAUUCUUUUUAUCUUUUCUUUUUUUCAUUUCUUUUUUUGUGGUAAUUCAAUUUUUCACUCCAAAUAUAAUUUCAGAUGACCUCGUUCGUCAAUAUCCCUGCCGGCUCCGACUUUACCUUCGAAAACUUACCUUAUGGCGUUUUCUCAACUAAGGACAACGUGAGUUUUUGAAAUUUUAUAUUUCUAUUAAACAUAUUUUUCUAUAUAUUUUUCGAUCACUGUUUCGAAAAAUUUUCAGCAUACCCAUCGUAUCGGAGUGGCCAUCGGUGAAGAAAUUCUCGAUUUGUCUGUCGUUUCCAAGUUUUUUGACGGCCCAAUCUUGCGCGAACACCAGAAUGUCUUCCAAAAUGUUCUAUAUUUGAUUUGAAUGUACUUUCAAAUAAGACUCACUCUACAGGAAUCAUUGAACGAUUUCAUGAGACUUCCUCGUGCGGCAUGGUCUGAAGCUCGUAAAAAAUUACAAGAGCUUCUUGGAGAGUAUUCGCCUCUCAAAAACGACAGUGCUUUGAGGUUUUUUGUCACUUUGAAAAAAUAUUCUGUUUAAAGCAAUGGUGUUCUAGAAAAGAAACAAAAUAAUUGUUUCAGUAAAAAGGCGCUCGUGCCUCAGUCCUCUGCUACCAUGCAUCUCCCGGCCCAAAUUGGUAUACCCUUUGUUUUAUCUUAUUUUCACUUAGUUUUGUAGGGGAUUACACUGACUUUUACUCUUCCAUUUAUCAUGCGACCAAUGUGGGAAUCAUGUUCCGCGGAAAAGAAAAUGCGCUUAUGCCGAACUGGUUUGUGGAAAAAAUUGUGAGGAUUCAAACAUUUUUUAGGAAAUGGCUUCCGGUUGGUUAUCAUGGCCGCGCUUCGUCAGUUGUAAUUUCUGGAACCGAUAUCCGUAGACCUCAGGGACAAACUAAACCGGAAGGAGGUUUGUUAAUCUUACCUGAUGCCAUUUCGAAAAGCAGUAAAGCAUUUUUUGAAGUUUUUCAGCUUAUGAAUUUUUUGCAGUAUCUGAGCCUUUGUUUGGCCCAUCGAAAUUGAUGGACUUUGAACUCGAAAUGGCGUUCUUUGUUGGCGGAGAAGAAAAUCCUCUGGGAACGCGUGUUCCAAUCGAGAAGGCUGAAGACCGAAUUUUCGGCGUUGUUCUAAUGAACGACUGGAGCGGUGAGCAUAUUACUUUCGAGAAAAAUGAACAGUCGGAAUUUGUUCUGCAGCAAGAGACAUUCAAGCUUGGGAAUAUGUCCCACUUGGUCCUUUUCUCGCAAAAUCACUCGGCACUACUAUUUCGCCGUGGGUUGUUACUAUGGAAGCUCUGCGACCUUUCAUGGUGGAAAAUCCAAAACAGGUACAAAAUAACUGGAACUUGAAAGCAAACUUAAAACUGUAGAUCGAAUUUCGGAAAAUGUUUCUUUUCAUUUUUUUUUUCUUCCUUUUAGGAUCCGGUGCCUCCUGCUUAUUUGCAUCAUGAAGAUCCUUACACAUUGGACAUCAACCUCGCAGUUUCGAUCAAACCAGAAAACGGUCAAGAGCACGUUGUGGCCAAAACUAACUUCAAGGUUUCUCUCAAGCUCAAGAUUAUUUUUUUCAUUUUGUUCAUCCAUUUCUCGAAAAAAAGUUUCAAAAGUGUAAAAGUAUCGAUCGCAUGUUUAAACUACAUCGAAACUUUUUAUGGGAAAUAGAUUGCAUCUUUUUUUCUCAAAAAAAUUAUAUGAAACUUCAAUCUUUUUUUCCACAACAUAAAUCCUAGUUUUUUUGCUUUUUGAGCGUCACAAAAUGGGAAAAAAACUUUUUGAUAAAAUAACAAAAAAACAGUCAUUAUUGAUAAUAAUUCUCAAAUAAUAUCGCUCACUGUUUUGAAUCUUGAAGAAUGGACAUAUUGGAGGUGAUUUAUCAUCUCGAUUUCCCUCUUUGAACAGCUCAGAAUAUGGAGUUGGUGUGAAAAUAAUUUUUUUUUUACUAAUAUUACUUCAAAUUCUGUUUAAAUCUGUUACAAUAUCAAAAAAAAUCCAUCACAAAAUGAAGUAUUCUUUACGAAGUAAUGUUAAAACUUUACAAACUUUAGCACCUGUACUGGACGCUCAAACAACAGCUUGCUCAUCACACAGUGAAUGGCUGCAACAUACGCGCCGGAGAUUUGAUGGGGUCUGGAACUGUUUCAGGACCGGUUGAGACCUACUUGUCAAAAAAAUUUUGACAUCUAAUUUCAGGAAGAGGGAGAAUAUGGUUCGAUGCUGGAGCUUUCGUGGCGAGGAGCCAAGGAAGUCCCUGUUGGGUCUGAAACUCGCAAGUUUCUGAAAGAUGGCGAUGAAGUUAUAUUUCUCGCUUCAUCAAAUACGUUGUUAAAUUUCAGGUAAAUCUAUCUGGAAAAUGCGAAAAGGACGGGAAACGUCUUGGAUUCGGUCCCUGCCGCGGUCGUCUUCUUCCUGCUGAAUAA